AUGGCAUCAAUGUCCUCCCAUGGCUCUGGCUCGUGGACUGCUAAAGAGAACAAAGCCUUUGAAAAGGCCUUGGCAGUGUAUGACAGGGACACGCCUGACCGGUGGUCCAACGUUGCCAGGGCUGUUGGAGGGGGAAAAACUGCAGAGGAAUGUAAGAGGCAUUACGAGAUCCUUGUUCGUGAUGUCAGGCAUAUCGAGGCAGGCCAGGUGCCCUUUCCAUACUACCAAAACACGAACUAA